AUGUCCCACCAACCCUCCACCCUUGACCAAAUAAAGACCACAGCAGCAAACACCGCAACCUCCCUCCAAAACACCCUAAACAAAGAAACAAACCCGUCCUACAACCCUAACCAUGACCCGGAGAACUUCGCAAAGGAUAGCAUGGGAAAUAGGUUUAUGAAGGGGGAUAUGAAGGAUGCCUUGAAUGAGGCUGCGCUUGGGAAGCCAAGGUCUGGUGGAGAGGGAGGAGAGGGCGUUGUUGGGAAGGGUAUGUUUACAAUAAUUGGGAGAGGGGAGGGAAAGGCAGGGAGGGAGAGAGGAAGAGUGCUGAUUUUGAUAUACAUAGUACUUUCGUAUAUCCCCGGUCUUGCGUCGACGACACAGCAGAAAGAAGAGGAGGAGAGGGUAGAGAAGGAGAAGGAGAAAGGAAGGGAGACUCCGCCGAGGAGACCGGAGCAUGAUGUGCAGGUUGAGCAGUUUCUGAGGGGGCAGUAUCAUAGUAAGAGUGGGGAGGGGAUGCCGGAUGGGGGGAAGUAG